GCGUAUCCCAAUAAAAGGCGCGCGCCGACCGGCCGACCGCCUCCGUAGCCGUUCCGCACGCGUCGCCCGCGGGACAACCGAGUCGUCCUGAUCGUCGCCGUCGUAUCGCUCCCGUUGCAGGCUGGAACACAGCCUUUUCGGCUUUUACGCGCCCGAUCCGCACCGAAACGGACCUUUGAGUCUUUGCCCUGCGACCCGCUUGAGCGGUCACUCGAGUGCAUUUUUUUUCCCAUACGAUCACAUCGUGUGUUUUCUUCGACCGACCCACUCGUCGUACCAGCCUGUUGCUGUCCACGCGGACCUCCAACUAUAAUAUUAUAUUAUUAUCACAUAAUAUUCAUAUAAUAUAUACGUAGUACAAUAUACCUGCACCGAGUCGUCGUCGUUCCUCGAUCGCUACACUCGAAUAAUAUUCUUCAGCAAUCCCGCACACUCUACGCGUAAUAUAUUAUAUAUAUUUCAUUGUAUAAUAUUAUAUAUACGUGAAGAUCAUUCGCGGUGCAAUAAUGCUUUUGUGUCUGUUGCCGGUGACGUUGACGUUGGCCGCGUUGGUCACCGACGGGACGGGCGACACGGCCGCCGCGGACAAGCGGUUCGCCCUGCGGCCGGUGGACCCGUUGACUCGGCGCAGCGCCAUGGACAAGAAUUUCAUGCGGUUCGGGCGGGCGUUCGACUGCAGUUGGACGGCGCCAUCUGCAUCGGCGGUGGCCAAGCGCCGCGAUCCGUCAUCGGCCGUCGGCCGCCGCGUCGACUCCAACUUCAUCCGGUUCGGCCGCCGGGACUCCAACUUCAUCCGGUUCGGUCGUGGCGAAGUGUACACACCCGGCGACAACAAAAUACCCAGGCGCCACUACGACGUGGACGUGGACGGGCUGGAAGUCCGGUUCGGCCGGUCCGCCGGGAACAUCGACCGCAGCCCGUUCGCCGCAGCGCUACCACCGCCAUACGACGAUCGCCGCUGAACGACAUGAUAUCAUAAUAUUAUUAUAUAAUUAUACCUAAUACAUAAUAUUAAAUACUACUAUACUAUA